AUGUCAGCCGAAGCCCUGUCAAGUCCUGAACCCCGGUGCAUUGAUGUCGGAAGUGGUGAAUCAUGGAGUUUGUCACAAAUCCUCGAUCACGCGGAGACCCUGGCAAAAUUUUUGGUCUCUUCCUUUGGCGGCCGUCGGUCUACUUGGAACACUGGAGGAGCCAACGUUGACUACGAAGUUAUUACUGUCGGUGUACUUGCACCAAACAUCCCGGCAAUACCUAUAGUGGCUUACAGCUGCAUGGCAGCCGGACUACCCGUCACGCCGCUACCCGUUGGAUCUUCGUCGUCAGAAAUUGCGUAUCUCGUCUGUCUUGCUCAAUGCGAGAUCGUAUUCAGCCCUUUGAAGGAUGGGACGGACAAAUCUUGCCAGACCAUCUGGUGA